AUGACUUCCGAACGUACAAUUCACCAGAAUUAUAAUUUGAUUAACGAGAUUAAUGUUUCUUGACAGGUCGUUCUAUUCGUAUUGGUGCUCUCGACCUUGCUUCUGAUCGACGCAAAGCCGGAAGGACAUGCACACUCUUUCGCACAUUUCCACGGUCCUGUGACGGGACACGAACACGAGGUCACUUGGGAUGACGAUGACGGUCAUUAUCAUGAAGACUACGUCGCUCAUCCCCAUUAUGCCUUUUCGUACGGGGUCGAAGAUCCCCAUACGGGCGACUAUCACGGUCAAAAGGAGCACAGGGACGGCACAGACGUGUUCGGAGAGUAUACCGUGAAGGAACCAGACGGCAAUAUUAGAACGGUGAAGUACCGCGCGGGCAAGGACGGAUUUCACGCCAAAGUGCAUAACAGCCACCGAAACGAUCGUCAACAAGACGUUUAUCACCAUUACGAUCAUUAUUAGUCCCGCGAGGUUGUACACUAUCUCCUACCAAACUCGGUCGUUUUGCACCGUGCGAUACUUUGCUAUUUUUAUAUCCAUUAACCUUGUUGAGUAAUCGUCGACAUUUCGUUUAUGUUGCAUGCACUCAUUAAAAGAUCGAUUAAGUACCUUAAAAUUUUCGUUUCUCUCAGUUUUUCUCAGUGAGUCACUUGUCUAGUUUUAUGGCUAGUUUCAUAACGGAGUCAUUAUCAUGAAAGUCUUUCAAUAUUACGAAGUGGCCUUAAAACUGUUGUAAAAACUCGACAAGUUGUCAAUCGGACAAUUAGCGAACUGAAUUUCCUUGGAGGAAAUGAUUAUUUCUUCCGAGGAGAAAUGGAGUUGAUUAUAAUCAACGAAUUGGAUUGUUAAUAGUUCAAUUUCCGAACAAAACUGUUUAGCCGAAGAAACAGCCUUGCGAAAAUUCACCGUGUAAUUCACUUUCUGCAUUUUUAUAGUCUUCUAUAUUAAAUUCUGCUCUCUUAAGUUAAGAUAUAUUAUU